UUGGCGUGCACUGAAAAUGACGAAGACGGAAGCUGUCGAGUAGUCGCCUGCCUGGAAGGUUCCUGAAGAGCUCUUCGUUAGGACUGGUUCCUCCUGUCAGCAGUUGGAUCCAGUUUGUGAUAUCGUGACACAAUCAAAUGCAGUCCAGACAAAGAGAACCUGGCAGGAUGGAUACUCACUGAAGCAUCACGUUUGCACAAGCAGUCUUUGCUCACUAAGUUCCUUAAUUCAGAUCGGGUUCACUCGACUACCUCCCCUCAGGCACCAUGACGUCCUCUAUGCUACGCAGACAGCUGAAGAACCUGGUCCAGAACUACUCUGAGGCUGAAGUCAAGGUGAGAGAGGCGACAUCCAAUGACCCGUGGGGCCCAUCCAGUUCUCAAAUGGCAGACAUCUCCGACCUGACCUAUAAUGUGGUGGCCUGCAAUGAGAUCAUGACAAUGCUUUGGAAACGCCUGAAAGAUGACAGAAACUGGAGACACAUCCACAAGUCACUGACUCUGCUGGAGUACCUGCUGAAAACGGGUGAUGACCGUGUGCUUCUGAAAAUGAAAGACAACAUUUACAUUGUCAAAGCCCUCACAGAAUACCGUUUUGUAGAGAAAGAUGGUAAAGAUCAGGGCUUGAAUGUGAGAGAGAAGGCGAAGGCUGUUCUUGUUCUCAUGGAGGACGAUGAAAAGUUGAAGGAAGAACGAGAAUUUGCUGUAAAGACCAGAGAGAAGAUGUCCAAAGGGGCGGCUGCCUCAUCAGCCGACGCCCUGACAGAUCCCAGCUACAAGCCGUGUUACGUUCCUGGCGCCACAGGACUUCCCUCUUUAGACAACAUCCCCUCAGUGGCUGACUUGACGGCUUCCUUUCAGGCCCGUAAAGAGGAGCGGCUAAGGCAGGAGGCUGAGAAGAAGGAAGUUGAGAGGAGGGCCAACAUGUCUGAAGAUGAGUUGAAAUGGGAGGAUGCCGGGAAAGGCACUGAGGCCAAAGGAAAUGUUUGGGGGGGAGAAAACUCUGAGAAGGAAGGAGAGAAAUCUGAUCCAUGGGGAGCCCCCAAAGAACCAAAAGAGGCCACCGAUCCUUGGGGUACACCAACAAGACCUGUCACAACUGAUACUGCAGCCAACAGUGAUCCUUGGAGAGCUCCAUCUGAAACGAAAGAUCCGUUUGCAGCGCCAAAGUCUGAAGAAGAUCCAUUUAAUCAAUCAAAAAAUGCACCAGAUCCCUUCAAUGCUCCCAAAAAGGACCCUUUCAAUAUGGCGAAAGAAGAUUCAGACCCCUUCAAGCCAUCUAAGAUUGAUCAGUUUAAUACAACCAAGGAUGACCCAUUCAGUGCGCCAAAGGGUGAUCCCUUUACUGCCCCCAAGGAUGAUCCAUUUAAUACGCCCAAGGAUGAUCCCUUUACUGCCCCCAAGGAUGAUCCAUUUAAUACACCCAAGGAUGAUCCGUUCAGUGCACCAAAAGAUGAUCCUUCCACUGCACUUGUAACUACACCCCCUAAAGAUGAUCCUUUUUCUACUACGCCACCCAAAAAGGAUCCAUUUUCGCCAUCCUCUAGACUUGCACAAGAUGAUCCCUUUGUAGUACAAACAUCACCACCAAAAGAGGAUCCAUUCACAGUGCCAUCAACCUUACCAAAGGAAGAUUCCUUCAGUGCCCCUCCGGUGAGUCCACCCAAAGGUGAUUCCGAUGUAUGGGGAGCCCCUGCCAGCCCUCCGCCACCAUCGGCGUCAGAUCCCUGGGGGAUGCAGUCACCACCACAGGAAGCCAAGGGUGGAGAUCCCUGGGGGGAUGGAACCAGCGUCUCAUCACCCCUCGAUAAUUCCGAUCCAUUUGGUGACUCAUCUAUUCCAGACACUGAUCCAUGGGGAGCACCAACUUCAGUUGCAGCCAGUACAAGUGAUGCUUGGGGUUCUCCUGCUCCACCCUCAGUUUCCUCCCCAUCUAGUGACCCCUUUGGAGACGCGGUGUCUAAAACCAGUACAUCAAGCAGUGACCCAUGGGGCACUCAGAGCACCACACCCAGCACUGGCACAGGAGAACAAACCACACAGGAACAGGAAAAAACUGGAACAGCUGCAGCCUUCCUGGGCUCAGUGGGGGCAUCGCUGGUUGACCUGGAUGCCCUUUUCUCCCCUAACCCUAAACCACAUCUCUUGAACAAGCCAACUGCUCGGACACAAGCUAUUGGCUUCUUUAAUUCCUGGGCCGGGGCUUUUGGCCCUGUGGUCCCCUCUUCAGCUGUAGCAGGAACGUCAUGCCCACAAACAUCAACUCCACCCAGCAGUAGUUUUUGUUCUGUUGCACCUACUGCUUUUGGAGCUACCAGACCUUCUAGUGAAGCUCCUUUAUUUCAGACAGUGUCACAUUCUGGCUUCACCAGGCCUCAGGUGUCUCCCCUGUAUUCAGGAUUUGGAGUGGUCCAGCCCACUACUAUGGGAGGAAGUCCACAUGUAGGACUUGGCCUGAAUAGUCUCACUGCAGGAAUGAUGCCAUCUGGGAAUCAGCUUUUUGUUGGAACAGGAGUGACUCAACCUAGUUUUGUCGGAGGGAAUCAUCAAAUGGGAGGAGCUAAUGUGGGCGGUUCCACUCCACAGUCUGGGGGUGCAGUCUCUUUUGAUCCACGGUUCUCCAGCAAUAUGAACCAAAACAAUCCAUUCUUCUGAUGGGUUGUUUCUGUCACAUGUGCAGGUCAAAAAGAAGAGAAUGUCCCAGAGGACAUCAGGGG